AUGAUGACAUCUCCAAACUUUGUCUUCUAUCUGACGUGUUUGUUUUGGGGGAAAAUGGCUCAUAUGACUGAUCUGAAAUGGUCCUCAUCUGUUCGUCAAGAACCACGUUUUGUAUCAGCUAAUGCUGGACACAAGGUGACUUUGCAAUGUUUCUAUGAAGGUGAUGAAUCAGAAUGGCUUUACUGGUACAAACAAACUCUGGGACAGAAACUGAAGCUCAUCUCUUCAAAGUAUGCAUAUGACACAAAAAUCACUUUUUCUCAUGAAUUCAUGAACGAUUCACGCUUCACUCUGGACACUAAAAACGGUGCAUAUCACUUGAAAUUUUCUGAUUUGCAAAUAUCAGACUCAGCCACUUAUUUCUGUGCAACUGGCUCUACGUUUAACUUGAAAUUUGCAGAAGGGACUAUUAUCCAUGUAAAGGGUUCAGGUUUGAAUGUUCCAGCUUUUAUCCAUCAGUCAGCAUCUGAGACCGUCCAGCCAGGAGGCUCUGUGACUCUGAACUGUACAGUCCACUCUGGGACCUGUGAGGGAGAACACAGUGUUUACUGGUUCAAGAACUCAGAAGACUCUCCACCAGGACUCAUUUACACCCAUGGAGGCAGAAAUGAUCAGUGUGAGAGAAACACAAAAACACAAACCUGUGUCUACAACCUGCCAGUGAAGAGCCUGAAUCUGUCUCAUGCUGGGACCUACUACUGUGCUGUUGUCUCAUGUGGACACAUACUGUUUGGAGACGGGACCAAGCUGGACUUUGAGGAAGAGGUGCACUCUUUAUUCUUGGUGUAUUUCCUGAGUGGAGCUUUGACUUUAACCACCAUCCUGGUUGUGUUACUGGCUCUCUCAUUGUACAAGAUGACCAAGAGAAACAGCUGCCAAUGUACAGAUUCUCAAACCAGAUCAUCAGCUCCCUCCACUACAAAUGCAGAGAGUUCCAGAAAUGGAGACGACCUCCAUUAUGCUGCUUUGAGUGUAAACCUGCCCAACAGAUCAAGACGACAGAGGAGCAACACCAAUGAUGAAUGUGUGUACUCUGGUAUAAAGCAAUAGAACUGGACAUGUUACAUUUCUAUAUUUUAAAUAAUUUGAUGUAUUUCAAGUGUGAUGUAGAUU